UUUGACGCUUCGUAAGUAGUAGUAGUGGCCAUUCGGCAGCUGAAGUCAAGUGCAACCCUCUCCAGAGUGCAAGUCAGUAUUAGACAGCGGUACUUGUUAUUAUUAUAACGAGGCAAGAGUGGCCACCCUCCCCCAGGCUUGGAAUUUGAUUUUGAUUUUCCAAAAUUUUCACAUUUCCGUCGACACAUACUGGAGCAGUCAAGCCAGAAACAGCGGAGUCCAGCAUGACCACUCCACAGGCGCCACGACCCAAUCCAAAUGAUAAUGACUCUCAUUUGGUAUACAUACCUGCAAUCAUUUUUCUGGUUAUAAGCCCUGUUGUCGUUGCAUUGCGAGUAUGGGCUCGGCUGAGGCAGGGCGGGAAGAUGGGGGCUGAUGAUUGGACUGCUAUGGCGGCCUUGAUAUUUGCGAUUCUUACCAGUGUAUUUUUGAUGACAUGCUGCCAUUACGGCAUGGGUCGGCAUUUUCUCUAUAUAGAACAUCAGAACCAGAUCGAAACACUAAAAUACCUGUAUAUGUCCCAAGUCACCUACAAAGCGGCAAUCAAUCUCACCAAAUGCUCCAUUCUACUGCUCUAUUUGCGUCUAUUUGAAAUCGUUCGUUGGAUUAGAUGGACUUGCAGGGGCCUCCUUGCUUGUGUCAUUAUUUACUGCAUAUCUUCUAUGGUCGCGACGAUCUUCCAGUGCAACCCGGUUGUCAAAGCCUUCGACAAGGCCCAGAAAGGAACUUGUAUUAACCUUGCUACGUUUUGGUUCGCCAACGCUGGAUUUUCGAUCGCUACCGAUGUUAUUAUUCUUCUGCUUCCCAUGCCCCUGGUCUAUCAGCUAGAGGUUCCUCGGCCGCAGAAAAUCGCUCUAAUGGCCGUAUUCGCCAUUGGUGUUUUCGUCGUCAUUACCUCAUGCCUCCGAGUCACAACCCUCGAUGUAUUUGCUACCUCUAGCGACAACACAUACGACAUCGCGAAUGUGAUGUGGACGAUCAUUGAACCAAACGUGGCUAUUCUUUGCGCAUGCUUACCAACUCUGCGGCAACUAGUUGUCAAAUUAUUCCCAGCACUCGGCAGCAAAAACUCAGCCAAUAGAUACGGCACCCCUGGCUACGAUUCGAAUGGCUACGGUUCGAAGUCAAGAGGUUCGAGAGGUACGGGAGGAAGAAGUCAAAUACCACUCGCAGAUGAAUGGGUGGAACCUGGUGCGAAGUCUAACGGCAUCCACAUGGCGACUAUCCGGCGAAACAACUCCAGUGCUGGAAGUGAAGACAGUAUUUUGGCCGGCGGGCAGAACGAUGCGAAUAACGGAAUUAAGAGGACGGUGGAGUAUAGUAUUCAAUAUUCGGAGAAGAAGUAAAGAAAUAUCGUGGAGUUCCCUGAAGGCUUUGAAGUCAUGUUCAAAGAUUUAAUGUUAGUUGCGAUAGAACUUUGUGCUUUAAGCGAGUUAAAGGAAGGAGAGAAAAGCAUGAAAUAUUGUACAUAUAUAUCACAAAAAAAAGAUGUGACUGCCCAACGCCAAUUCCCUAUGUUAUCUUUAUAUAGCGAUAGUUUAC